AUGAAAGAGAAGUCCAAAAAUGCUGCCCGGACUAGGAGGGAGAAGGAAAACAGUGAAUUUUAUGAACUGGCUAAAUUACUGCCUUUACCCUCGGCUAUCACCUCUCAGCUGGACAAAGCAUCCAUAAUCAGGCUCACCACCAGCUAUCUCAAAAUGAGAGUAGUGUUCCCAGAAGGGCUCGGCGAAGCGUGGGGCCACUCGAGCAGGACCAGCCCCCUGGACAACGUAGGCCGCGAACUGGGCUCCCACCUGCUCCAGACCUUGGAUGGCUUCAUCUUUGUGGUGGCCCCAGAUGGGAAGAUCAUGUACAUCUCGGAGACAGCCUCAGUCCACCUGGGUCUUUCUCAGGUAGAGCUGACCGGGAACAGCAUUUACGAAUACAUCCACCCUGCGGACCACGACGAGAUGACGGCGGUGCUCACUGCCCACCAGCCCUACCACUCUCACUUCGUCCAGGAGUACGAGAUCGAGCGCUCCUUCUUCCUGAGGAUGAAGUGCGUCUUGGCCAAGAGGAACGCGGGCCUCACCUGCGGCGGCUACAAGGUCAUUCACUGCAGCGGCUACCUGAAGAUCCGCCAGUACAGCCUGGACAUGUCCCCCUUCGACGGCUGCUACCAGAACGUGGGCCUGGUGGCCGUGGGCCACUCGCUGCCUCCCAGCGCCGUCACGGAGAUCAAGCUGCACAGCAACAUGUUCAUGUUCCGCGCCAGCCUGGACAUGAAGCUCAUCUUCCUGGACUCCAGAGUGGCGGAGCUGACGGGGUACGAGCCUCAGGACCUGAUUGAGAAGACCCUGUACCACCACGUGCACGGCUGCGACACCUUCCACCUGCGCUGCGCCCACCACCUGCUGCUGGUAAAGGGGCAGGUGACCACCAAAUACUACCGGUUCCUGGCGAAGCACGGCGGCUGGGUGUGGGUGCAGAGCUAUGCGACCAUCGUGCACAACAGCCGCUCGUCCAGGCCGCACUGUAUCGUCAGCGUCAACUAUGUCCUCACAGACACGGAAUACAAAGGGCUGCAGCUCUCCCUGGAUCAGAUCUCAGCCUCCAAACCAGCCUUCUCCUAUGCAGGCAGCUCCACUCCUGCCAUGACUGACAGCAGAAAGGGGGCCAAGUCCAGGCUCUCCAGCUCAAAGUCAAAGUCCAGGACUUCCCCAUACCCUCAGUACUCGGGAUUUCCCGCGGAAAGAUCUGAAUCUGAUCACGACAGCCAGUGGGGCGGCAGUCCUCUGACAGACGCGGCCUCCCCGCAGCUGCUGGACCCCGCGGACCGGCCGGGCUCUCAGCACGACGCGUCGUGCGCCUACAGGCAGUUCUCGGAACGCGGCUCUCUCUGCUACGGCUUCGCGCUCGACCCCUCCAGGCUGGUAGAGGAGAGGCAUUUCCACACCCAGGCCUGCGAGGGCGGCCGGUGUGAGGCAGGCAGGUACUUCCUGGGAGCGCCGCAGGCGGGGAGGGAGCCCUGGUGGGGCUCUCGCGCAGCCUUGCCCCUGACCAAGGCCUCCCCGGAAAGCAGAGAAGCUUAUGAGAGCAGCAUGCCUCACAUCGCCUCGGUCCACAGGAUCCACGGGCGAGGUCAUUGGGAUGAAGAUAGUGUGGUCAGUUCUCCAGACCCUGGGUCUGCCAGCGAAUCAGGUGACCGAUAUCGCACUGAGCAGUAUCAAAGUAGCCCACAUGAACCUAGCAAAAUCGAAACUCUGAUCAGAGCCACCCAGCAAAUGAUUAAAGAAGAAGAGAACAGGUUGCAGCUGAGGAAAGCCCCCCCAGACCAACUGGCUUCCAUUAAUGGAGCUGGGAAAAAACACUCCUUCUGUUUUGCAAACUACCAGCAGCCCCCAACGACAGGCGAAGUCUGCCACAGCUCCGCUCUUGCCAACACUUCACCAUGUGACCACAUCCAGCAGAGAGAGGGAAAGAUGCUGAGCCCCCGCGAAAAUGACUACGACAACAGUCCCACAGCACUGUCGCGGAUAAGUAGUCCCAAUUCAGAUCGCAUUUCCAAAUCCAGUUUGAUCCUAGCUAAAGACUAUCUACAUUCGGAUAUGUCUCCUCAUCAGACGGCAGGAGACCACCCUGCCGUCUCUCCAAACUGCUUUGGCUCUCACCGGCAGUAUUUUGAUAAGCAUGCUUACACAUUAACUGGAUACGCCCUGGAGCACUUAUAUGAUAGCGAAACUAUUAGAAACUAUUCCUUGGGCUGUAAUGGCUCACACUUUGAUGUAACUUCCCAUCUACGGAUGCAGCCGGAUCCAGCACAAGGACACAAGGGAACAUCUGUUAUAAUAACCAAUGGAAGCUGA